UUUUGACAGUGAUCACUGAUCAGUGACAGUUGCGUGUGAAGUGCGUGACGGCGUUGACGACGCCGAAUUUUUGGUUAAAUGGGUCGCAAUUGAUAAUUAUCACUUUUUACUCAAAACAAGUGUAUUCUUAAAAGUAAGAUGAGUCGCAGGCGACCCCACGAAGAAGAGGACGGUUACGACCGUGCCUAUCGCAAACGACGACGUGUAUCCGAAAACCAAGAAAUAGAAGACCGCUUGGAGUCUCUGAUUUUGCGUGUAGGUGAAAAAAGCACCUCUUCCCUCGAAUCAAACCUUGAAGGUUUGGCUAGUGUCUUAGAAGCAGACUUGUCGACUUUUCGUAUUAAGAUAUUGAGAAUUCUGACUGAUUGCGCUAUCAAAAUGCCAGAAAAAUGCACUAUUUAUACCACAUUAGUGGGUUUAUUGAAUGUAAAAAAUUAUAAUUUUGGGGGUGAUUUUGUUGAGUACAUGGUUAAGAAUUUUAAAGAAUCUUUGAAGAAUUGUAAGUGGGAUGCUGCAAGAUAUGCUUUGCGGUUCUUGGCAGAUUUGGUAAACUGUCAUGUGGUAUCAGCACCUUCACUUCUACAGUUAUUGGACAACAUGAUUGACGCUGCUAAUGAAGAUAAUGUCCCUCAAGUACGCCGCGAUUGGUAUGUUUUUGCGAUUUUAAGCACAUUGCCAUGGGUGGGGCGAGAAUUAUAUGAGAAAAAAGAGCAAUCUCUAGAACACCUGUUGGUUCAAAUUGAAGUAUUUCUAAAUAAAAGGACCAAGAAACAUCAUAAUGCAUUGAGAGUAUGGGCAGUUGAUACUCCACAUCCACAGGAAGAAUACCUUGAUUGUUUAUGGUCACAAAUCAGAAAACUUAGGCAGGACAACUGGGCUGAAAAACACAUCCCAAGACCAUAUUUAGCUUUUGAUUCAAUACUCUGUGAGGCUUUACAACAUAGUUUACCAUCAAUUUUACCACCACCUCAUCAUGAUUCAUACCAAUACCCAAUGCCAUGGGUUGUUUUCCGUCUAUUUGAUUAUACAGACUGCCCAGAAGGCCCUAUUUUACCAGGUGCUCACUCUAUUGAAAGGUUUUUGAUUGAAGAGCACUUGCAUUCAAUAAUUGAAAUGUAUCAUCUGGAAAGAAAAGAUUGUGCAGCGCAUCUAUUGAAUUUUCCAUAUAAAUUAAAGAUUCCGCUCGAAUAUUGCAUAGUUGAGUGUAUUUUUGCUGAACUGUUUCACAUGCCAACGCCUCGAUAUCUUGAAAUUGCUUAUGGAGCCAUUUUAAUAGAACUUUGCAAAUUACAACCUUCAACUAUGCCACAAGUAUUAGCUCAAGCAACAGAAAUGCUCUUCAUGAGAAUUGAUUCCAUGAACGUUUCAUGUUUUGACAGAUUUGUGACUUGGUUUUCAUAUCAUUUGAGUAAUUUCCAAUUUCGAUGGUCUUGGGAAGAUUGGGAUAGUUGUUUGACGUUAGAUUUGGAACAUCCAAAACCUAAAUUUAUAAGAGAGACGAUGUUAAAGUCCAUGAGGUUGUCGUAUCAUCAACGAGUGAGGGAAAUCUUACCAGAUUCUUUUAGCUGCUUUAUACCUGUCAAGCCAGAACCUGAUUACAAAUAUGCUAAAGAAGGAGCAGCAUCUCUUCCUGGUACGUCGGCUGCUCAUCAACUCGUAGUGUCAAUCCGGCAAAAAUGCACUCCUGAGGAAGUUCUGGGAGUGUUAAAAGAUCUUCCUAACCCACGUUCAGAAGAAGAGACUGACAGCAGAUUUAACCCACUCAAAAUCGACGUGUUUGUCCAAACUUUAUUAAACUUAGGUUCCAAAAGCUUUUCACAUAGUUUUGCAGCGAUAUCUAAAUUUCUCUACGUGUUUAAGAUUUUAGCAGAAUCUGAAGAAGCCCAAAUUUGCGUGUUACGAAACAUGUUCGAAUUAUGGCACCAUCACCAGCAGAUGAUGGUUGUUCUAGUUGAUAAAAUGUUAAAGAUUCAAAUUGUUGAAUGUUCUGCCGUCGCCAACUGGAUUUUCUCCAAAGAAAUGACUGCUGAAUUCACAAAAAUGUACUUAUGGGAAGUUUUACACCUCACGAUUAAGAAAAUGAACAGACACGUCAUUAAAUUAGGUGGUGAAUUGGCUGAAGCUAGAGAAAAGUUAGCUCGUGCCGAAAGUAGCGAGAGUGAAUCUGAGGAUGACGAUUCGAAAAAAAAACAAUCUGAAGCAGAAAAACCUACUGAAGAAUAUGUAGAGAGGAUGGAAGAGAAGUUAGAAGCAGCACAAGCGGAUCAGAAGAACUUGUUUUUGAUCAUUUUUCAGCGAUUUAUUAUGAUACUUUCAGAACAUUUAGUAAGGUGUGAUACCGAUGGUAGAGACUAUGCAACACACUGGUACAAGUGGACCAUUGGAAGACUGCAGCAAGUAUUUUUGGCGCAUCAUGAGCAAGUCCAAAAGUAUAGUUCUACUUUAGAGACGCUAUUGUUUACGCAAGACUUGGAUCCACACAUUCUCGAGGUAUUCCAACAAUUUGUGUCAUUGCGGGCUUAAAAUUUUUAUAUAUGCUUUGUAAUUAUAAUUAUGAAAGAGCGUAGUUUAUUAAUUUCUUGUACUAAAUUUAAAAAUAAAGUAGGCGAGUACUUUAUUAA